AUGUUCCCUUUGGUAGUUCUCCUGUGUUGCGUGGGGGCUUUGGUCUCCUCGGCUCCUCAAAAAGUGUUUUAUUCUGUUAACGAGGCCCCGAGCUACUUCGAAGAAUUCAUGCAGACGUACAAUAAGGUUUACAGCAGCGAAGCAGAGAAGCAAGCCAGAUUCGAAAUAUUCAAGAAAAACUUGGAAAAGCUCAACGAACAGAAUCAGGUGGAUGAUGCAGUUUUUGAGGUUAGAUGCCAGUAUUGGAGGUCUAACAACGCGAGCCGCGUGUCUGCGCCUGAGUCGCACGACUGGCGCGCGCUGAACAAGGUCACUCCAGUCAAGAGCCAGAUGACUUGCGGCUCCUGCUGGGCUUUCAGUGCUGUUGGUGCCGUCGAAAGUCAGUACGCGAUUGUCCACAACCAACUGUUAGAUUUAUCUGAACAACAAGUGGUGGAUUGUACCCAAAGCACCUUCGGUUGCCAAGGGGGAUGGAUGUCAAAUGCUCUUGACGAAUUAGCGAAUACCGGCGGCAUCAUGGGAGAACAGGACUACAGCUACCAGAAUUCGCAGGGCUACUGCAAGUACGACGCCAGCAGGGCCGUAGUCAGGGUCACCUCCUGCCGCCAGUUCGACUUCCGAUCGGAGGAGGAACUCAAGGAAACCCUCGCGAGUGUUGGACCUCUCUCCAUUGCGGUCGCAGUUGACAGCUGGCAGAACUACCACGGGGGAUUAUUGGAAAUGUGCCCCCAAGCCCAAGUCAACCAUGCUGUGCUUCUAGUCGGUUAUGGCUCAGAGGGAGGCAGGCCGUACUGGAUCAUCAAGAACUCAUGGGGCCUUGGAUGGGGAGAAUCAGGGUACAUCAGGAUCAAGAGGAAUGUGAAUGCCUGUAACCUGAUGGGUGGUCAAUUCGUUACAGCAACAGUGCAGUAGGACA